GGCGGGCGCGCUCCCGCCGCACUCCGAUCCGCGGCUCCAUCCCUCCCGAUGGCGUUGCCCGGCGCUCGCCUCCCCUCUGACGCACUUUAAAGAGUCUCCCCCUUCAACCUCAAGGCGAGUAAUAGCGACCAAUCAUCAAGCCACUUACCAGGCUUCAGAGGAAGCUGUUUAUGUGAUCCCAGCACUAAUUAGGCUCAUGAACUAACAAAUCGUUUGCACAACUUGUGAAGGGGCCGAUCACAUCCAUGGAUUGUCUUUGGACUUAGGGGGGGGGGGGGGGGGGGGCGACCGCCUUUUCCUUGCAGGAGGGAAACUUCUCCCAGCAACUUUUUUUUUCGUGUGUGCGUGUGUGUGUGCGUGCGCGUGUGUGCGCGCGUGGUGCGUGUGUGUGUCUCCCUUUUGGGUACCGCUGGCUGCCGCUGCCUCCUUUUCCUCCAGCCCCUGUCUAUUUAUGUGUGUAUCUAUCCCUCCUCAAGUCACUCCCUGCUGCAAACUUCCCCGGAUCGCCUCCCGCGCACCAGAGAGAGCCAGGCAGAGAUUUGGUCGGGGACUCUCGCCGCGGCAGCAUGUUUCAGCCCACACCCAAGCGGUGUUUCACCAUCGAGUCGCUGGUGGCCAAAGACAGCCCCUUGCCCGCGUCUCGCUCCGAGGAUCCUAUCCGGCCGGCGGCGCUCAGCUAUGCCAAUUCCAGCCCGAUGAACCCUUUUCUCAACAGCUUCCACUCCACUGGCAGGGGGGUCUACUCCAACCCGGACUUGGUCUUUGCAGAGGCCGUCUCCCACCCGCCUAACCCGGCCGUGCCGGUCCAUCCCGUGCCCCCUCCUCACGCCCUGGCCGCCCACCCGCUGCCCGCUUCGCACUCCACGCACCCGCUCUUCGCCUCGCAGCAAAGGGACCCCUCCACCUUCUACCCCUGGCUAAUACACCGCUACCGGUAUCUGGGCCACAGGUUCCAAGGUAAAAGUAUGGUUUCAGAACAGACGGACAAAGUUCAAGCGGCAAAAGUUGGAGGAGGAAGGUUCAGACUCACAACAGAAGAAAAAAGGGACUCAUCACAUUAACCGGUGGAGAAUCGCCACCAAACAAGCCAGUCCAGAGGAAAUCGACGUCACGUCGGACGAUUAAAAACUGGCACUUUUUUGACUUUUCAAAGCCAGGCACCCCACCAACAGAAAGUGUUUAAGGCUCACACCUACCCCGGCGUGGCAGUGCGGGGAAGGGACACGGAGAUCAUCAUAAAAAAUGCGGUCCCCGUCUGGGGGGGCAGCUGGGAGCGAGCGCGGUGAGACCGCGAGAGGUCCGAACUGCGGCAUUGCCGGCACCGCUCUGGCAAGGGGGGAUCUGUCAGUCAAAGCCAAAACAGCGGGACGAGGUGAUUGACAGGUAUUCCGUUUCUCGCAGUCCACUUUUAAAAGCAUAACUUUAAAAACUAAAAAAAAAAAAACCUUGGAAAAAAAUCUUAAAAAGAAAAAAAAGAAAAAAUCCCCCAACUAAACCAGAAAAGUUACCACCUUACAGGACAUUUUGCACUUCACAGUUUUUUCCGCCUUUAAAAGAGAAAUUUCCAUAAGCAGCCAAAACCCACACCUGUUUCAGAAACGAAUUGCAUGUGAAACGCCGUCUGGGCAAAAAAAAAAAAAAAAAAAAACCGAAAAAAAAAAAAACCGGGAAAAAAUUACCCCGGUUCCUAAAGACAGAAAUGAAUUGUAAUUUUUUUUCCCUUUAAGACAGGUUCUGUGUGCUUUUUAAUUUUAUUUUACGAGAAAUGUGCAGUCUGUAAACAUUUUAUGAUAACUUCUGGCGUCAAAGUGUUUGUGAAAGCUAAAUGAAGUAGCAGUAACAAAGCAUAGUGUUCCUUCCGGGUGGACAAACACGGUGGGGCAGGGGAGGGACGGGAGGGAACGGGGGGGAGGUUGGGGCUGGUCAUAACUUUUGCUGCAGAAAAAAAAUUAAUCAAAUUAUCCCACUCCCCCCUCCCCUCCGCAAUUGUAUCCCCAUUGCAAAACCGGAUGAUUAUUAUUUUUUAAGAUUAAUAAAGCGCAAACCCAGAUGCGAGGUUUGGCGAUGGGGACGCCUCCCAGGCUGGGAGGAUCCAGAGAAAAGGUACUUUAAAUUGCGGAUUGAUUUUUUUAAUUUUUUUUUUUCUAAUGGCCAUUUCCAUUGGGGCAAUUUUCAAGCACUGACCUUAUAAUAUUCCGAGAUCACAGAGCUACUAAAAAAAAAAGUGACAAAUGUUUCCUUCAUGUCUUCUAUACCAGAAUGUAAAUAUUUUUGUGUUUUGUGUUUAAUUUGUUAGAAUUCUAACACACUAUAUACUUCCAAGAAGUAUGUCAUUGUCAAUAUUUUGUCAAUAAAGAUUUAUCAAUAUGCCCUAAA